AAGAAAAAAGGCUUGACUCGGGGAGAAAGUCGGCACACGCGACAAGUCCGAAGAUACGCGCUCGCGGUCAUUCUCCGACUGGUGGUUCCUGCUGGAUCGGGUCAGCUCCCACUGUGGGCCGUCGGAAGGAUGUGACUGUGCGGAACAGAAUUUGUCUUAGUUCCAGCCUUCCAGCUGGUAGUUAUUAGUAGCUGUCCCUCCUCCCCUCUGUCGAAGAAAAGAAAGAAAGAAAAAAGAACCAUGUGAGACACCAUCUAUUUCUCCUCCGUCCCUUUCCCUUUCCCCCUCCUUCGAAGUACCCUUCGUGGUCGUUGUGAGCUCGCUCAAUUGCCUCGUCCAUCCAUUCCGUCUCCCCAAGUCUCCUCCUUCACUGGUGGGGAUUUUCGUGCCGACACCCAUAUACAAUCGUUGAAACACGGUUCUGUCGGAUCCCGAUCUCGACGCGAUGUUUGGGGGCAGUAGCAGUGACCCCGACCUCGAAAAGGCCCCUCAGGUGGCCAAGCUCCCCGCCGACGAUAGUAGCGAUGGAGCUGUUCCUGGAGAGAGUUUUGCCUAUGGCGACUCUCUCUACGCAAAGGUGCAACGACUGGCAGGAAAGCUCAACAUCGAGCAGCGCGGUAUCGAACGGGUACCGGCGGAAGAGCAAACGGACACGUCCUAUUUCAAUAUUGGCAGCAUGGUGUGUUUCUAGCCUUAUUGCAUUUGUCUGACGCCGGCUUUUGCCUGGCAUGACAAGAAUGCCCUCCCAACUGACCCGUCGCAGUGGCUGGCGGCCAACAUGGUAGUCAGUUCUUUCGCCAUCGGUGUCCUCGGGAAAUCCCUCUUCAAACUCGGCUUCGUUGAUGCCAUCCUGGUCUGCCUCUUCUUCAACCUGCUGGGUAUCAUGACCGUCUGCUUCUUUUCGUGUUUCGGUCCUCCCUUCGGUCUUCGACAAAUGGUACUCUCAAGAUUCUGGUUCGGUUGGUGGGCAACCAAAUUUAUUGCCUGUCUGAAUGUGUUGGCUUGUGUGGGCUGGUCCGCCGCCAACUCCAUUGUAGGUGCCCAGCUCUUGAACGCGGUCAACAGUGACGUGCCGGGAUUUGCGGGUAUCCUCAUCAUAGCUUUCUGUACCCUCUUCGUCACGUUCGCAGGAUACAAAGUGGUCCAUAUGUAUGAGUAUUGGAGCUGGAUCCCCACGUUCAUCGUCUUCAUGAUUGUGUUCGGGAUGUUUGCCCAUUCCGGAGAUUUCAGGAAUAUCCCGAUGGGGGUUGGAACAUCUGAGAUUGGGGGUUGUCUGUCGUUUGGCUCCACUGUAUACGGCUUCGCUACUGGAUGGACCAGUUAUGCUGCUGAUUACACCGUGUAUCAGCCCGCCAACCGCAGUCGCCGCAAGAUCUUUUUCUCCGCCUGGGCCGGACUCAUCCUUCCUCUGCUCUUCACCCAGAUGCUGGGUAUUGCGAUCAUGACCGCGACGUCCAUCGACGACGGCAACAACAAAUAUCAGUUGGGUUAUUCGACAUCCGGAAAUGGCGGUUUGCUCAACGCCGUUCUCGAGCCGCUUGGCGGUUUCGGAAAGUUUUGCUUGGUCAUUCUUGCUCUUUCCAUCAUCGCCAACAAUUGUCCCAACAUUUACUCUGUCGCUCUUACCCUUCAGGUUCUGACUCGGUACUCCCCGAAAGUUCCCCGUUUCAUCUGGGUGUUUCUGGGUUCCUGCGCCUCGAUUGCUAUUGGAAUUCCAGGAUACUCUUAUUUUGAAACGAUUCUGGAAAACUUCAUGAACUUUAUCGCAUACUGGCUUGCCAUAUACUCGGGCAUCUCCCUCACCGACCAUUUCGUCUUCAAGCGAGGCUUUUCGGGAUACCGUAUUGAGAUAUACGACAAGCCCGACAAGCUGCCCCCUGGCAUUGCCGCUGCCCUUGCUUUUGGGUUCGGCGUUGCCGGCAUGAUCACCGGAAUGAGCCAGUCGUGGUGGGUGGGACCCAUUGCAUUACAUGCGGGCAAAGUCCCCUCUGGCGGUGACAUUGGCUUCGAACUGGCCUUCGCCUUCGCCUCGGUGUCGUAUAUGGUAUUACGGCCCAUCGAGAUAAGGAUAUUUGGUCGGUAAAUGGGGUUUUGUUGCAGGAUUCGUUUAUGCAUAUAUAGAUUGUUUUGUUAUAUUCGGCCAUUUGCUUUAUUGCAUAGUUUCAUGUGGAAAUGUCGCGCUAGGGUUAUGUGACUGGGACUGUAAAUAGAUGUUUAAUUGAUGCCAAUGAUGCAUUUACUCAAUGAGAAUCGACUGAAUCUGAAGUUCAUGUCAUGGAAACAAAACUUUUUGAAAAAGAAGAACGAAAUUGAAGCACGAAAUCAUC